GCAUUAUCUUUGUGCUCCAACGGAGGGACAGUUGGCUAACUAGCUAGCGUUGUGGUUAGCAUUAUCUUUGUGCUCCAACGGAGGGACAGUUGGCUAACUAGCUAGCGUUGUGGUUAGCAUUAUCUUUGUGCUCCAACGGAGGGACAGUUGGCUAACUAGCUAGCAUUGUGGUUAGCAUUAUCUUUCAACUAACUUAGUUACGUUGUUUCUUUAUACCUGACUCACUCCGUUUGACAACUAACUUCAAAGAAAAUAAUUGUGAAUGUAUGAAGUUUUUUGUUGUUGUUGUAUUUAGCUACUACUAGAGCUAUCAGCUAACAAACCAACAAGAUUAUCAUAUUCAUAAAGUGUUGCUUUGAGGUUUGAAGCAUUUGAUCCAGACCCUGUUGGAAAGGCAGCAGCAGAUCAGCUGUGAUGGCUACAGAUAUGAUCGAGAGUGAGGUAGUGUUGAAGGCUGCGGGUGAUAACGAUACGAGUCUGAACAAUAGCCCAGACAUAGACACACCCGGGAUGUAUGAGAGCCUGGGAGGAGAUAUCAGAGACACUCCGAGUCCUUCGCCUUCAGGAGGAGAAGAUGAGGAAGAUUUAGAAGACCUGCAAAACAGCAGCACAGAGCUUUCAUUGGAAAAUGGCGAAGAGGCCGCAGGAGCAGGGCUUCAGAGGCCAACCCAAACAGGAGGUCCGCCGCAGGAAACGGUGACUCCAGACAAUGGAGAAAAACAGGAGGAAGGGGUGGAGGUGAUGCUAUGCUCCACUCCCGUCAGAAUGCCCCAGACAUACUCGACCUCUGGACAUAAUGGAAGUCUGGAGCGCCAGGAGUCUGUUGCGACCACUGAGGCUCGUCUCCGCAUGGAGGGGGUGGAACUUAAAGAGGAGUGGCAGGACGAGGACUUCCCCAGGCCCCUACCUGAGGAGGAAGAGGAGGACAUUCAGCUGGGUGAAGAUCUCUUCACUGGACCCUCUGGAGAAGGACAGUCUGCUUCUGCAGGGGGCUAUUCUGCUCUGAGUGUUGGUAAGAAGACUAAGAAGAAGCUGGCUGCCCCAGACAUCAGCCUGACUCUGGAUCAGAGUGAAGGAUCUCUGCUGUCUGAUGAGCUGGAGGAGGAGAGUACAGAGCUAGACCUGGAUGAUAUAGACACACCAUCUGACAACAGUAAUGAGUUUGAAUGGGAAGAUGACCUGCCGAAGCCCAAGACCACUGAGGUUCUGCAGAAGGGGGUGGAGUCGGCCGAGGUGUACUCGGCCUCCGAGGAGCGGGAGGAGGGGCGGCGUUGGAGAGUGUUCCGUAUAGGAGACCAGGAACACAAAGUCGACAUGAAGGCAAUAGAACCCUACAAGAGGGUCAUCAACCACGGAGGUUACUAUGGAGAUGGCCUGAAUGCCAUCAUAGUGUUUGCUGUGUGUUACAUGCCUGAGAGCAACCAACCCAACUACCGCUACAUCAUGGACAACCUCUUCAAGUAUGUGAUCGGCACUUUGGAGCUCCUGGUAGCAGAGAACUAUAUGAUAGUGUAUCUGAACGGCGCCACGUCCAGGAAGAAGAUGCCCAGUGUGGGCUGGCUCAGGAAGUGCUAUCAGCAGAUCGACCGCAGGUUAAGGAAGAAUUUGAAGUCGUUGAUUAUUGUCCACCCCUCCUGGUUUAUCCGCACCCUCCUGGCCCUCACCAAACCCUUUAUAAGCUCAAAGUUCAGCCAGAAGAUCCAAUUUGUGUUCAACUUGACAGACCUUUCUGAACUGGUUCCUAUGGAAUACGUCUCUAUUCCAGACUGCAUUAAAGAGCUCGACCAGGAGAAACCCGUCAGAGUGGAGAUGGCAGCCAUGCCAGAGACAGAGUAAGACUACCUGGGCGGCUUGCUAGCUCUGCUCUGUCUGUCCUGCACAGCUCCAGACCGAUGACGAAUGUUCAGAACCACAGCUGAUCAGCCUUUACUGUUGAUAAUGUGUGUUGCAACUGGAGAGACUUAGAGAGCUAGCCCAGGUGCAGGAGACCAUUCUCCCUGUUACUUUGUUACAACCCUCUAACUCUCCUUUUGUCAUUGUUAC